AUGACCUCAUUCAGCCUGAAUUUACCAAGUACAUACUCACACACACACUCAUUCAAACGCUAUAAAGGAAUCCUUGAUAACGCAUGUCGGCGCAUGUUCAGGUUGAGUGGGCCCAGGUGUCUCCAUCGGUACAGGGUCACACAGACCGAUAAAUCAGGUUCAAGAGCCGGUCCUCCUCUCCUCAACAGGUCUAUGGUAGCAAACACCACCUUUGGACUUCAUGACACGGCCUUUAGAAACCAGCAAGAAGCCUCACACAGACCACAGACCGGUUUUAAAUGGGGUCCAGCUCAGAACUCGGUGAUAAUCACUCUCUAA